GACUGGUUGUAUGGCCACAUUGUGAUCAACUCUCUUCAUUCUGUUUGCUCUCUUUGCAGGCUGCAGACUUGAGCAAACCCAUCGACAAAAGGAUCUACAAAGGAACACAGCCCACAUGCCACGACUUCAAUCACUUAACGGCCACGGCAGAAAGUGUCUCUCUUCUGGUGGGCUUCUCUGCGGGCCAGGUCCAACUUAUAGACCCUAUUAAAAAAGAAACUAGCAAAUUAUUUAAUGAGGAAAGACUAAUAGACAAGUCCAGAGUAACCUGUGUAAAAUGGGUACCAGGUUCGGAAAGCCUUUUCCUAGUAGCUCACUCCAGUGGCAAUAUGUACUUGUAUAACGUGGAGCACACUUGUGGUACCACAGCCCCGCACUACCAGCUACUUAAACAAGGAGACAGUUUUGCAGUUCACACUUGCAAGAGUAAAUCCACCAGAAACCCUCUGCUUAAAUGGACAGUAGGGGAGGGUGCCCUGAACGAAUUUGCCUUUUCCCCAGACGGGAAGUUCUUGGCGUGCGUGAGCCAGGAUGGUUUUCUGCGCGUGUUUAACUUUGACUCGGUGGAAUUGCACGGUACGAUGAAAAGCUACUUUGGAGGACUGCUGUGUGUGUGCUGGAGUCCCGACGGGAAGUACAUAGUGACGGGCGGAGAGGAUGACUUGGUGACCGUUUGGUCUUUCGUGGACUGUCGAGUCAUAGCGAGAGGCCACGGCCACAAAUCGUGGGUCAGCGUUGUCGCGUUCGAUCCCUAUACCACUAGCGUAGAAGAGAGCGACCCGAUGGAGUUUAGUGGAAGCGAUGAGGAUUUCCAAGACCUUCAUUUUGGCCGAGAUCGAGCCAAUAGCACACAAUCUAGGCUAUCCAAAAGGAACUCUACAGACAGUCGUCCGGUAAGCGUGACGUAUAGGUUUGGUUCGGUAGGCCAGGACACGCAGCUGUGUUUGUGGGAUCUUACAGAAGAUAUCCUCUUCCCCCACCAACCUCUCUCAAGAGCAAGGACACACACAAAUGUCAUGAAUGCCACCAGUCCGCCUGCUGGGAGCGGCGGAACGAACCCGGGAAGCAACGGGAACAGCAUCGGCACGCCUGGAAACUCGGUGCCCCCUCCUCUUCCGCGGUCCAACAGCCUCCCGCACUCUGCGGUCUCAAACGCUGGCAGUAAAAGCAGCGUCAUGGAUGGUGCCAUUGCUUCUGGCGUUAGUAAAUUUGCAACCUUAUCGCUACACGAUCGGAAGGAAAGACACCACGAAAAAGAUCACAAGAGAAACCAUAGCAUGGGACAUAUAUCUAGCAAGAGCAGUGACAAACUGAACCUAGUUACUAAAACCAAAACGGACCCAGCUAAAACUUUGGGAACACCUCUCUGUCCCCGAAUGGAAGAUGUUCCCUUGUUAGAGCCUCUUAUCUGUAAAAAGAUAGCACAUGAAAGACUGACUGUGUUAAUUUUUCUUGAAGACUGUAUAGUCACUGCUUGUCAGGAGGGAUUUAUUUGCACAUGGGCAAGGCCUGGUAAAGUGGUAAGUUUUAAUCCUUAAUGCUGCAUCAAAGAACUAGAACUCUGAAUAGGUAGUUUUCUUGAAAUAUAAAUGAAUGUUGAAUAUAAAAUUUCUUUAUGCUUAAUGUAAAAAAACAAAACAAAACAAAAAACAAAAAAAAUCCUCAGAGCCAUACUUUUGGAUACUGCAUGCCGUAUUUCUGAAUGAUUUGAAGUGUCUCGGAUACAGUUAUUAAGUAUAGUUGCCUUCCAGCAGAAGAAAUAAAUACUGUGCAUCUAAACUGUCGAUCAGUGUUCUUCUACUUAAGCAUAACCACAAUACGGUGAAAGCUGUUGAUGUACAAAUUGAAGUCAAACCUGUCAAGCACUAAAAUGAUGAUAAUCCUUCUAAUGUUUUCUACAAAACACAGCACUCCCGAGGAGAGUAGCUUACCAAAAGCUGCUGCUUUUAAGUCUAGAGAGAAAUGCGAGCCUCUGGAAAAACAAAAAAAAGAGAACCAAAGUGUUUUGUUCCUCCACACUUUGCUGUGGUGGCCUCCCAUGAAGGUCAGACCACUCCUCA